UUUGCCCAACAUUUCUUACUCUUCAGUCUUCCCUUCCAAAAAUGUCAUCAACAACAAACCAUGUAAAUCAACAACACGACGUCGUUGUAGUUGUAGUUCCUCUUCCUGCACAAGGCCAUCUCCAUCCAGCCCUCCAACUCUCCUGCCGCCUCUCCUCCGCCAACAUCCCCGUUUACUACGUCAGCACCACCGCUCACGUCCGGCAAGCUCACUCCCGUGCUGCCGGCUGGAACCCAUUGAAAACUCCAUAUCUCAAUUUCAUUGAUUUUCCUGUUACAUUCGAUGUCCCACCUCCAAACCCAGAUGCAUCCAUCAAAUUCCCUUCACAACUCGUCCCUGCUUUUAAAUCUUCAAUGCAACUACGUACCCCAGUUACAGAUCUAGUAAAUAAAUUGGCUUCAAUAUCGAGGAGAGUUAUUGUGGUUCAUGAUUUUCUCACGUCUUGGGUGGUUCAAGAUGUACCCAAAAUACCCAAUACAGAGUGUUACUGUUUACACACUGUUUCUGCUUAUCUUAUGUUUACAUAUACUUGGGAGGCUGCUAGACCACCUGUACCUUCUGAAGCUGAAGUUGUACUCAAACAACUUCCGUCUCAAGAUGGGUGUACUUCUCCUGAAGUCAUAGAAUUUGCUAUGAAGCAACUAAAUGUAAUUCAGGAUGCUGGGAAUAUUUACAGUACGUCUCGAGUAAUCGACGGAAUGUACCUUGAUUUGACGGAGAAAAUGAGUAUUUCUAAGGAUUUUAAGAAUUGGGCUCUUGGUCCAUUCAAUCCUGUAAAUCUGGAGUUUGAAACCCGCCAUUAUUCACUUGAGUGGCUCGACAAACAACCAGCUAGCUCGGUGAUUUUCGUUUCCUUCGGUUCAACGACUUCGUUAUCCGAAGAUGAAAUCAGAGAGCUAGCUAUUGGGCUGGAAGUAAGUCAACAGAGAUUUAUCUGGGUCCUCAGGGACGCAGAUAAAGGAGAUAUAUUCUCCGGUGAAGUUCGAAAAUAUCAAUUGCCUGAAGGAUAUGAGAAGAGGGUAUCGGAAAGAGGACUUGUAAUGAGAGAUUGGGCACCACAAUUGGAAAUUUUAGGACACCCGUCAACAGGCGGAUUUAUGAGUCAUUGCGGAUGGAAUUCUUGUAUAGAAAGUAUUUCAAUGGGAGUGCCAAUAGUGGCGUGGCCAAUGCAUUCUGAUCAGCCUAGAAAUGCGUUGUUCAUAACUGAAGGAUUGAAAAUUGGUAUACCAGUGAGAGAAUGGGAGCGAAGAAAGGAAGUGGUGCCUGCAGAAACUGUUGAAAAAGUUGUGAGAACGUUAAUGGCGUCUCCGGAGGGAGAGGAGAUGAAACGGAAAGCUACAGCGCUCAGGGAAGCAGUGAAGUUGGCAGUGAUGGAGGGUGGAGUAACUCACAAGGAAAUGGAAUCUUUUGUUGCCCACAUCACUAGAUAGAUUAUUUUUUUCCGUCAAAUAACGGUGGUUAGUUUGUGCAUGCUUAAAACCUUUUGUCAUGGAUGAAAUAAGUACCGAAUCAUUCUAUAUAUCAAAAUGUUUUUCCCUUUUAAAA